AUGUCUGUCGCACCAGCCUUUCCAUCUUAUCUCGUUACUCCAGAAAUGCUCCACGACGCUUUGAAUAAUCGCCAACGUCGCUCCGGGGAGCAUCGAAUUAUUCCAUUAUCAGCAGCAUGGUUCCUUUCAUCAGAUGGCCGGAGGGGCAUAGACUGCUUUAGAAGAAAGCGGAUUCCGAACUCGAUAUUUUGCGAUCUUGAUUCGCUCGCGGACAAGACCAGUGCCUUUCCUCAAAUGCUGCCAUCAGCGGACCAAUUCGCUUCUGUACUUGGGUCACUGGGCAUCACUCCCGGUGACGCCGUGGUGAUAUAUGAUACAGAAGAGCUUGGUAUCUUCAGUGCCCCACGAGUGGCAUGGCUUUUUAAGACUUUCGGCCAUGAACGAGUCUAUAUCUUGAAUAAUUUCAGGCUGUGGGUUAAGCUUGGUCUACCUGUAGAGACCGGUGAAAUGACAGUGCCGGAAUCGAUAAUAUAUCCGACCCCAUCAAGAGACGAUAGCAGAGUGAUAUUGUUUGAGGAACUUCGAGACUUGGUACUCAAUGGCCAUGUGCCUCACUCAGUGCAAAUUUUGGACUCUCGAUCCGCCAAGUUUUGGACUAGGGGGCCUCCAGCCGAAUCAACUCCUGUGACUGGCCACAUUCCACAUUCAAUCCACCUGCCAUUGCCAGACAUUCUUGAUCCGAAUAACAAGACCAUUCUCCCAUCCCCACAGCUAAGGAAAAUCUUCCAGGCCAAGGGUAUAAAGCACGAAAGGACCCUGGUAACGACCUGUGGAGCUGGUAUUACUGCUGCUGUUGUUGAAGUUGCACUUGAGGAAGCUGGAUAUGGGACUAAAAUGUCGCGCCGGUUAUUUGAUGGAAGCUGGAGGUAA